ACAAAGAUAACAACAAAAGAAAGUAGUAAAAAGUAGCAACAUAGUUGUUGUGUUCGUUCUCAAUAUUCAUUACUCUCUGCAACUUCUCUCACAAGCCAAAAAUAAAAAUUCAGAUUCAGCUAUUGCUUUCUCUUCAAGCUUAAUCACAUUCUCUCUUUCUUCAUUUUUUUUUUUUUUUGCUAUAAAACCAAACACUUAUUAACCAAAAAAAAAACCAAACACUCUCUGUUUGUUUGUUCCUCUUGCAUUGAGGGGUUUUGUGUUUUCAAUGGCGAAAACCAUGAUUCAUUCAUGUUUUCUUCUCUUUUUCUUUUGUUUCUUACACAAUCAGCUUAUUGUAAACGCGAUUUUAGACCCUGCUGAUUUUCUAGCUCUUCAAUCCAUUCGUAAAGCUCUUGAAGACAUGCCUGGUUCUGAUUUCUUUUCUUCAUGGGAUUUCACUGCUGAUCCAUGCAACUUCUCCGGUGUGUUUUGUGAUUCUGAUAAGGUUAUUUCUCUCAACCUCGGUGAUCCUAGAGCCGGUUCAGCUGGUUUAACCGGUCGAUUAGACCCUGCCAUUGGUAAGCUUUCUUCUCUGGCUGAGUUUACCGUUGUUCCGGGAAGAAUAUAUGGUCCUCUUCCUCAAACCAUUUCAAGCUUGAAGAAUCUCAGGUUUCUUGGUGUUAACAGAAACUUCAUCUCCGGUGAGAUUCCGGCGGAGUUAGGUGAGUUACGCAGUCUUCGAACUAUUGAUCUUAGUUACAAUCAGCUAACCGGAAAAAUUCCUCCGACGGUGGGUUCAUUACCGGGGUUAACCAAUCUCAUUCUCUGUCACAACCGUUUAACCGGUUCACUUCCCCGGUUUGAUUCUCAAAGCUUAAGCCGGUUGGACCUAAAGCACAACUCUCUCACCGGUUCGAUUGGUCCAAAUUUUCUCCCUGCGUCACUUCAGUAUCUCUCAUUGUCAUGGAAUCAAUUCACCGGCUCAAUGGACCGGGUUCUAACCCGGCUUAAUCAGUUAAACUAUUUAGACCUGAGUCUGAACCAAUUCACUGGACCUCUUCCGGGUAAGGUAUUCUCAUUCCCACUGACAAAUCUCCAAUUAGAAAGAAACCAGUUUACCGGUUCAGUUGAACCGGUGGAUCAAGUUGCAAUUCCAACCGUUGAUCUUAGCUUUAACCGGUUAUCUGGUCAAAUAUCACCUAUGCUGGCCAAUGUGCAGAAUCUUUACCUGAAUAACAACCGGUUCACGGGUCGGGUACCGGCUAGUUUUGUGGAGCGGUUAUUGGAUGCAAGCAUACAGAUAUUAUAUUUGCAGCAUAAUUAUUUAACUGGAAUUGAGAUUAGUCCAACGGCUGUAAUUCCAGAGAGAAGUUCACUGUGUAUGCAGUAUAAUUGCAUGGUCCCUCCCGUAGAGACUCCCUGCCCUUUUAGAGCUGGGAAGCAGAAAACAAGGCCUACUACACAGUGCAAUCAGUACAAGGGAUAGAUAGAGUAACGUUUAUCUUCUUCACAUUAAUUAAAAUAUCAUAUAGGUUUCAAUCUUCUUGCUUCUAAUAUUAUUUUAUUUUUAUUAUUGCCUUUUGAUUCAUUAUUAUUAUUGUUAAAUUUUGUGAUAGCUGCCUGUGGGGGAAUUAAUAGUGGAAUAAGAAGAAUGUGAAUACUUAUGAAACUGUAGCUAUUUUUGUUGUUUUAUGCUCUAAAUAUAUUACUCAUGUAAUAUGAUUCAUAAUGUUAUGUAAAACUAAGCAAAAAUGCUGAUCAUUAUAUCUCAUCACACUAUUGUGUUGCUGCUA